AUGGCGUUGAAGGAUACGCUGCACCAGCUUCAGCAGAAGGCUUCUCAGAAGCUGUUGCAUCACCAGGUGAACAAGGCAACGACAAACUCGUCAGCUCUUGUCAACGCCGUCUACUACCCUAACUGGAAAGCUCUUGCUCAAAAACCUCCUUCAUCCCUUAAUUUGGCACACAUCUCUCAUAUUCUUUACGCGUUUGUAGGCGUCAAAGCAGAUGGCACAGUCUAUGACGAGUACACCGAUGAAAACGCAGAUACUAAGCUGGAUCUGAACGGUGCUCUCGGGGCUCUCGGAGACCUGCAACGGGUCAAGACUCAGAAUCCUCAGAUCAAGACAAUCCUUUCUCUAGGUGGAGGAAGUGGUAGCGAGAACUUCGCCGCCGCGGCCAGUAAUCCUACAUCAAGGGCUACCCUUGCAAAUACUGCAAAGCAGAUCCUUGACAAAUACCAGAUGGAUGGUAUCGAUAUCGAUUGGGAACAUCCAUCCGACCCCGGUCAAGGCCGCGACUUCAUUUCGCUACUCUCGUCGCUUCGGAACGUCUUGCCAGCUUCUCAGUACCUCCUCACCGCCGCUCUACCUGCCGGCGAGUGGGCUCUCCAAAACAUCCCUCUUGGCGAGGCAUCCCAACUCCUCUCCUACCUCAACAUCAUGACUUACGACUUCGCCGGUCCAUGGACCAAAAUGUCGGGCUACCAUUCCCAGCUCUUCACUCCAAAGGACGCCUACAAUGACGACUGCAAGAUCUCCUGCGACUCAGCGUCUAGCUAUCUUACUUCGAAGGGCGUGCCCGCCAACAAGAUCCUCCUCGGCGUGCCAGCAUAUGGACGUUCCUUCCUGGGAGCCACGAAAGCUGGGGAACCGUACAAGGGUGGAGGUGGAGAGGAAGGGACCUUCGAAUAUUGCGACUUGGCACGCCCCAAUGCCCAACUUGGGAUGGAUCAUGAAGUCGUCGCAGCUUACUGUGUCGGUGGUGAUGGCGGUUUCGUCAGUUAUGAUGACCCGGCGUGCGUGCAGCGCAAGGCGGAAUAUGUCAAGCAGCGCGGAUUGGGCGGUCUGUUCUACUGGACUGGAACUGGGGAUACGAACGACGACCAGAGUUUGGUGGCAACGGGAUGGAAGGCCCUACGUGGCUAG